UCUGUUGGAAAUGGAAUCACACACUGCAAAUUGGACUUGCAUUCCCAAAAGGCAAAUCCCGGGAAAAGAAAUUCCGUGGAAAUGCCUGAACCGGAGGAACCCAAGUCAACGGGACCAACCGUAGCGGUGGAGGAGGAAGAGGAAGAGGAAGAGGGGGAGAGAGUAGAGGCGUUGAUCAUGGACUUCGAUGAUUUCGACGACUUCUGGUCGUUGGAUCAGAUCCUCUUGCUCUCCGACAACAACAUCGACAACAAUAGCCACCCCAUGUCACCGCUCUACGUCUAGCCCUCCGACCAGCACUUCUCUCCUCCCUGGGCCUUCUCAGAUGGAAACGACGACGCAGCGCAUGCCACCUCUCCUCUCCCGGACUCCUCUCCAUUGCUCUCCUGUACUCCCAAUUCAGUAACUGAAAUGCCAAUGGAGAAUGGAAAUAAUAUAAGAGUUCCAUCUCCCUUAUGGGUGAAGCCCCUGGCAUAUUGUGUAAUCAAGGAGAGGAUGACACAAGCACUUAGGUACUUCAUAGAUUUGAUGGAAAACAAUUUUCUAGCUCAGGUUUGGGCACCCACAAAGAAUGGGAGCCGGUACGUGCUCACAACUUCAGGGCAACCUUUUGUUAUUGAUCCACAUAGCAAUGGACUUCAUCAGUAUAGGAUGAUUUCUCUGACAUAUACGUAUUCUGUGGAUGAGGGGAACGGCGGAAUGCUUGGGCUUCCUGGCCGUGUUUUCCAGCAAAGGGUGCCAGAAUGGACUCCAAAUGUGCAGUAUUACUCCAGCAGAGAGUAUCCACGUCAUAAACAUGCCCAGAAUUACAAUGUUCAGGGAAGCUUGGCUUUGACUGUCUUUGAGUCUUAUCGCCAGUCCUGUGUUGGUGUAUUUGAGCUCAUCAUGACUUCACCGAAGAUCAACUAUGCUCCUGAGGUUGAUAAAGUCUGCAAAGCACUUGAGGCAGUAAAUCUGAAAAGUUCCGAGAUAUUGGAUCAUCCAAACACACAGAUUUGCAAUGAAGGUCGCCAGAAUUCGCUGGCUGAAAUUUUGGGAAUAUUGGCGGUUGUGUGCGAAACUCACAAAUUACCUUUGGCUCAGACUUAGGUUACAUGCAGGCAUCUCAGUGUUCUGGCCCAUGGUGGUGGUCUCGAGAACAGCUGUACUAGCUUUGACGGUGGUUGCAUGGGACAAGUCUGCAUGUCCACAACUGAUGUGGCCCUCUAUGUUGUAGAUGCUCACAUGUGUGGUUUCCGGGAGGCCUGUGUUGAGCAUCACUUGCAAAAGGAUCAGGGGGUUACUGGGAGAGCAUUUUCAUCCCAUAGCUUAUGCUUCUGUGAAAACAUUACCCUAUUCUGCAAAACUGAGUACCCCUUUGUACACUAUGCCCGCAUGUUUGGUUUAGCCAGCUGUUUUGCCAUCUGCUUUAGGAGCACACAUACUGGAGAUGAUGAUUACAUUCUAGAAUUUUUUCUGCCCUCAAGCAUUACAGACUUCUAUGAACAACGGACUUUAUUGGGCUCCCUAUUGGCAACGAUGAAGCAGCAUUUCCAGAGUCUUAAGGCUGCUUCUGGUAUUGAACUUGAAGAGGAAGUAUCUGUGGAAAUCAUUCAAGUUUCUACGGAUGAGAGUGUUGAUUCAAGACUGGAAUCAUUACAAAUACCCUUAUCUAUGGAAUCACCACCUAGGCCUGAUGGCUUGCUGAAUAAGGGAGAUAUGGUGCAGUUAGAAUCAUCAAAGCGGCAGUUAAUGUUGCACUUCGAUGACAUAAAUGAUAAAUGCACGAUGACAAAUAAUGGAGGCAGAAGCGUCAAUCACUUUUCUUCUUUAGAAAAUAAGGAGAUCAGAAAGACAUCAGAGAGCAAGCGUGGAAAAACUGAGAAAUCAAUGAGUCUAGAAGUUCUCCAACAAUAUUUUGCUGGUAGUCUUAAAGAUGCUGCAAAGAGCCUUGGUGUUUGCCCUAGUAAAAUGAAGCGUAUCUGUAGGCAGCAGGGGAUCUCCCGAUGGUCAUCUCGCAAGAUCAACAAGGUCAACCGUUCCCUCUCCAAGCUAAAGCGUGUAAUUGAAUCUGUUCCAGGUGCUAAAGGAGCAUUUGGUAAUUUACAUUCUCUCACCACGUGUCCUCUUCCUGUUACUGUUGACUCUCAGCCUUACAGUUUGAUUAGGUCCAAGUCCAACCCACAAACAUCACCAUCCUUUAAACUCACUGAACCUCAGAAAAAGAAUAAAUCACCCACAGGUAGAACGCUCAAAAACAACAAACAGGCUGGGAUGGAAGAUCAAUUGCAAGGACGAAGAAAGUUUAGUCCGAUGAACCUUAUUCGUCGUGAUCAUAGUAGUUCUCCACCAGAGCUUGGUAAAGGCCCAGACAGGUCCAAAACAAGGAGUGGCUCAUGUGAAGAGAGUGCUGGGAGCCCUACUUCACAUGGAUCAUGUCAAGGUAGUCUCCCAAAUCAAAGCACACCGGCAAAGCAUCUAUAUAUUUCCUCCAUCAACCAGAUAUGCGAUAAAGUAGGGGGCUCCCCUGAUGCUCUUUUGAUGACAGAACCUCAAGAAACAUUUGGAGGAAUGCUAAUUGAAGAUGCUGGAAAUUCAAAAGAUUUGAGAAAUCUAUUUCCUUCUGUACCAGAUGCUAUGUUGGAUGAGCAGGUCCCAGAGUUUUGUUCGAUUAAGCCUCCAUUUCCCAGUAUGGCUCCUAACCAAUCUAUGGCUACUCCGGCUCCCACCAUGCCAUAUGUUACAGGUAAGAAAGAGAUGAAGAGUGUCACGAUCAGGGCAACAUUUAGAGAAGAUAUUAUCAGGUUUCGGCUCUCUUUGAGUUCGGGCAUUUUGGAGCUGAAAGAGGAAGUAGCAAAGAGGUUGAAACCUGAAAUGGGAACAUUCGAUAUCAAGUAUCUGGAUGAUGAUAAUGAGUGGGUAUUGAUAGCCUGCGACGCAGACCUGCAGGAGUGCAUAGAUAUUUCAAG